CGCGGGAGGGAGGAGGAGGGACGAGGCCCAAGAGAAAGGGGAAAAGGAGGACCCGAGGGCGCCAGCGGCCAGCCCGUCGCUGGGACCGACAGGAUGUUUUUUUCUGGUGGGCAGUGUGGUCAUGUUGGCAGACCUGAAGAAGUUUUACUGACAUUCAAGAUAUUCCUUGUCAUCAUUUGUCUUCAUGUUGUUCUGGUUACAUCCCUGGAAGAAAAUGCUGAUAAUUCCAGUUUGUUAUCACCAUCUGCUGAAUCAUCUCUUGUCAGUUUUGUCCCCUACUCCAAUGAUGCUACUUCCAGUGUAUUGUCUACAUUAAACAAGACAGAAAAAACUAAAAUCACUAUAGUAAAAACCUUCAAUGCAUCAGGAGUCAAAUCCCAGAGAAAUAUCUGCAAUUUGUCAUCUAUUUGCAAUGAUUCAGUGUUUUUUAGAGGUGAGAUAAUAUUUCAAUAUGAUGAAGAACACAACAUUACCCAGAAUCAAGAUAUAACUAAUGGCACCUACUCUGGAGUGCUGUCUCUAAGUGAAUUGAAACGAUCAGAGCUCAACAAAACCCUACAAACCUUAAGUGAGACUUAUUUUAUAGUGUGUGCUACAGCAGAGGCCCAAAGCACAUUAAAUUGUACAUUCACAAUAAAACUGAAUAAGACGAUGAAUGUGUGUGCUAUAAUGGUUGCUUUGAAAAGAGUACAUAUUCGACCAAUGGAAGAGUGCUGCUGUUCUAUCAGGACACCUUGCCCCUCUUCACCAGAAGAGUUAGAAAAACUGCAGUGCGAUCUGCAGGAUCCCAUUGUCUGUCUUGCUGAAUAUCCACAUGGCCCACCAUUUUCUUCUUCCAGCAAACCCAUCCCAGUUGCUCCUCAGACCACCAUCUUUUCCCAGAUAGCCAGUGCCUUCUCUUUUGCUGAAUCCCUUAAUCAUCCUCCUGUGACCCAGAACACUCCCUCUCUGACACAGAAGAAUCACUUUUCUCUUCCCCAGCCUUCAGCUCCCAUAGCUUCCAGCCCUGCCAUCAGUAUGCCCACCCAAUCUGGAACUCUCUCUUCCCCUCUGCCCCAAACCAAUCCUUCCCAUACCCCACCACCUGUGAAGUCCUCACUUCCCUCUCCCACCACACCUGUCCCAUCUGCAUCUUCAAAUGACAUCAGCAUCAGCACUCCUCCUGUCAAAACAGAAAUUUUCAACACCAGCAGUGUUUCUGAUCUUGAGAACCAAGUGUCCCAGAUGGAGAAAACUCUGUCCUUUGGCAGCUUGGAGCCUAACCUUGCAGGCGAAAUGAUAAACAAAGUCAGCAAACUCCUUCAUUCUCCUCCCGCCUUGCUGGCCCCUCUGGCUCAAAGGUUGCUAAAAGUUGUAGAUGACAUUGGCUUACAGCUGAAUUUUUCAAACAAGACCAUAAGUCUAACCUCCCCUUCUUUGGCUCUGGCUGUGAUCAGAGUAAAUGCCAAUAAUUUCAACACAACUACCUUUGCGGCCCAAGACCCUGCAAAUCUGCAGGUUUCUCUGGAAACUCAAGCUCCUGACAAUAGUAUUGGCAUGAUUACUCUGCCUUCAUCGUUGAUGAGUAAUUUGCCAGCUAAUGAUGUGGAGCUAGCUUCCAGGAUUCAGUUCAAUUUUUUUGAAACACCUGCCCUGUUUCAGGACCCUUCUCUGGAGAACCUUUCUCUGAUCAGCUAUGUCAUAUCAUCAAGUGUUGCAAACCUGACUGUCAAGAACUUGACAAGAAAUGUGACAGUCACACUGAAGCACACAGAUCCAAGCCAGGAUGACUUAACAGUGAAAUGUGUAUUUUGGGACUUGGGCAGAAAUGGUGGCAGAGGAGGCUGGUCAUCUGAUGGCUGCUCGGUCAAAGAAAGGAAGCUGAAUGAAACCAUCUGUACCUGUAGCCACCUUACCAGCUUUGGGGUCCUAUUGGACCUAUCUCGGACAUCUUUACCACCUGGUCAAAUGAUGGCUCUGACAUUUAUAACAUAUAUUGGUUGUGGACUUUCAUCAAUUUUUCUGUCAAUUACUCUUGUAACCUACAUAGCCUUUGAAAAGAUCCGGAGGGAUUACCCUUCCAAAAUCCUCAUCCAGCUAUGUACUGCUCUGCUCCUGCUGAACCUAAUAUUUCUCUUGGAUUCAUGGAUUGCUCUUUAUAACACAAAAGGCCUCUGCAUCUCAGUAGCUGUAUUCCUUCAUUAUUUUCUCUUGGUCUCAUUCACAUGGAUGGGCCUAGAAGCAUUCCAUAUGUACCUGGCUCUUGUCAAAGUGUUCAAUACUUAUAUUCGAAAAUACAUCCUUAAAUUCUGCAUUGUUGGCUGGGGGGUACCAGCUGUGGUUGUAGCUAUUGUCCUGAUUAUAUCCCCACAUAAUUACGGGCUUGGAUCCUAUGGAAAAUUCCCUAAUGGCUCACCAGAUGACUUUUGCUGGAUCAACAGCAAUGCAGUAUUCUAUAUUACAGUUGUGGGAUAUUUCUGUGUGAUAUUUUUGCUGAACAUCAGCAUGUUCAUUGUCGUCCUGGUUCAGCUCUGUCGAAUUAAAAAGAAGAAGCAACUGGGAGCCCAGCGAAAAACCAGUAUUCAAGACCUCAGGAGUAUUGCUGGCCUCACAUUUUUACUGGGAAUUACUUGGGGCUUUGCCUUCUUUGCCUGGGGACCAGUUAACAUCACCUUCAUGUAUCUCUUUGCCAUCUUUAACACCUUACAAGGAUUUUUCAUAUUCAUCUUUUACUGUGUAGCAAAAGAGAAUGUCAGGAAGCAAUGGAGGCGCUAUCUUUGUUGUGGAAAGUUCCGGCUGGCUGAAAAUUCUGGUAAUGCUUCUACAGAGAGGAAUGGGGUUUCUUUCAGUGUUCAGAAUGGAGAUGUGUGCCUUCAUGAUCUCACUGGAAAACAGCACAUGUUUAAUGACAAAGAAGAUUCCUGCAAUGGUAAAAGCCGUAUGGCUCUCAGAAGGACUUCAAAGAGGGGAAGCUUACACUUUAUUGAACAAAUGUGAUUCCUUUUUUCUAAAAUCAAAGCAUGAUGCUUGAUGGUGUGAAAUGUCCAAUUUUACCUUUUACACAAUGUGAGAUGUAUGAAAAUCAACUUAUUUUAUACUCAGCAACCUCUGGAGGAACAUAAGCUAAUGAAAGGCGAUGGUUACUAUUGGAAGGGGAAACCAAGACAUUAUUGUGGCCUUUAGACAUUAGCAAUUUGGUUUCCUUACCUUCAUUUUAAAAGAAGGUUGGUUUUAAACAACACAGUGAGAAUAAGACUUGUAUAAACAAAAACGUAGUUAAUUUCCAGCUACAUUUUAAAGAGGCUAAGUUAUCUUUGAUAACAUCCUAGAAAGCAACUGUUGACUUCAGACUUUUGGUGAGUUUAGUUGUGCAUGCCUUUGUUGUAUAUAAGCUAAAUUCUAGGGACCCACGUGUCAGAAAUCUUACUUCUACCUUUUUUGUAUUUAUUUUCUACUAUGUAGAUUUAUUCUUUUGUAGAAUCAUGGUUUUAUUGUUUUGUCUAAUGUGAUAACUCAGAAAAUCCUUACUGAUUCAGUGAAUUCUAAAGCUCCUUUUGGAGAUUAUAUGGAUGUGAAAUACAGAAACUUCAUUGAAAUCAAGAAAUAAAAAUGAUGCAGCCAAACUCUAAUCAGACAGUUCCACAGUUAGCUCAUACAGUGCCUUUGAGUGAGUUAGAAAAAGGUACCCCCCUGGGAAGAUAUAGCCUGGUUUGGCAAGCAGAGUGGGGUCACGUUUUAGUCCUAGUCAUCUUCUUGGGGGCAUCUUUAUAUAAGGUAUGACCUGUACAACCAUACAUGACAUCCAAUGCCAGUACCCAUCCCCAGGCCACAUCCCUAUUAAUCAGAUUAUGGAAUCUGCACCAAGAUGUUAAGCUUAAUAUCUUGGUCACAGAAAGGGAAGAAACUCUAAUCUAGACCAUAUAUGGGGAAGAUAGUGAAUGUGGAGGAGAUACAUACACUGCCACAUCUCAAGUCCCCAGAGCCUUUCAGAAGAGGGGAACAGAGUAGGAUUACUUUUGAAAAGAGAGAUAUAUAAGGAAAACAAAUCAUAUUGCUGUUCUUUAAAAGGCAACUGCAUGGUACAUUGUUGACUGUUACCACUGGUACACUCUGGCCCAGCCAGAUUUCUAAUUAUUUUUUAAAAUGUGUCAAGUCUUAAAGAGUGUAUAGUGACAAGGGGGAGCAGCUACUGAAAACAGUGAACUAUCCCAUGAUACUGUUGUUUCUAUUUGUAUCAAACCCUGAUUGCUGUAGUCUUUCCUACUUUCCACCUAUACCUGCUUGAGCAAUAACUCAAGUAUGUCCUUACUAGGAACAUUUCAAAACCCUUUAGUUAGAUCUUUCACUAAGGCUCCCUUGCAUAUAUUUCAAGUGAAUGUUGUAUCCCAGAUUAACCAUGGUAAUAAGACAUUUCUGAGUGCUGAAUUGUCUUUGCAGUAUUUCUUCUCUGAUUUAUUUAAUUGUAUUUAUGUGUUAAAAUCAACAAACAAUGUUAAAAUGAACUAAAUAAAUUUAGUUAAGUCCUUUAAAUUUGGUAACUUUUACAAAGAAAAACCUUUUGCAGUUUCUUUCCCUGGCAACAAGGAAUGGGAGUAGUAAGACAUGCCUGAUGAAGACCAACACAAUAGUCAUAUCUUUUGGGAAAUAGCAAGCACCCUGGGGAUGAGAAAUUAGAGCAAGAGUUGUCCUGUCACAUGAGAUUAGUUUCUGUAGUCUUCUUUUCU